GCCCGGCCGGGUCCUGCUGAAUCUCCCUGCUCUUCCCGGCGAGCCGCGCGGCGGCAGCGGCAUGGGGGCCCGGUGUCCCGGUCACAUGGGCGGUCCGGCGGCGAGGAGUCAGCGCCGGGUCCCACCGAGGACACACAGCAGGAUGCCAACGCCUCUUCUCUCUUGGACAUUUAUAGCUUCUGGCUCAAGUCCACCAAGGCCCCCAAGCGGAAGCUACAGGCAAACGGACCGGUGACUAAGAAGGCUGAGAAGAAGGCCUCCUCCAGUGACAGCAGUGAAGACAGCAGUGAGGAGGAGGCUCGAGGGGCUCCCACUAGGAAGGCUGCUGCACCUGCCAGGCGGGCCAGUCUGCCUCCACAUCCUGGAAAGGCUGCGGCCAAAGCACCCGAGACCACCAGCAGCAGCGAAGAGUCCAGCGAUGAGGAGGAGGCCGAUGACAAAAAGAAAACACCCAUCCAGAAGGCAGUAAAGCCCCAAGCCAAGGCAGCCGCAGUGCCUCCUAAGAAGGCCAAGAGCUCAGAUUCUGAUUCUGACUCAAGCUCAGAGGAUGAGGCACCACAGAACCAGAAGUCAAAGUCAACACCUGUGACUGCCAAAACUCAGGCUAAAUCCCUGGCCAAACCAGUUCGAGCAGCCCCGAAAGUCGUCAAUGGCAGAGCAGCCAGCGGUGGCGGCAGCAGUAGCAGCAGCAGCAGCAGCAGCAGCGACUCAGAGGAGGAGCAGGCCGCUGCCGUUCCCAAGCAGACUGUGCCUAAAAAGCAGGGCGUGGCCAAGGCCCCAGUGAAAGCAGCUGCCGCCCCUCCCCGAAAGAGUUCCAGCAGUGAGGACUCCUCCAGUGAGGAGGAGGAGGAAGAGCAGAAAAGACCCGUGAAGAAAAAGCCAGGUGCCUACAGCUCAGUCCCUCCGCCUUCUGCUCCCCUGCCCAAGAAGUCCCCAGGAAUCCAGCCUCCCAAGAAAACUGUUGAGAAGAAACCGCCUCCAGCGGAAAGCAGUGAAGACAGCAGUGAUGAGUCUGAUUCCAGUUCUGAGGAAGAGAAGAAACCCCCAGCUAAGGCAGUGGUCUCUAAAGCAACCCCUAAACCAGCUCCAGCAAAGAAGCCAGCCGAGAGCUCUUCAGACAGCUCGGACUCCGACAGCUCUGAGGAGGAAGCUCCUUCCAAGCCAGCCAGCACCACCAAAAAUCCCCCGAGUAAGCCGGCUACCACUGCCAAGUCACCUGCAGCUAAGUCAGCUGCAGCUCCCAAGCCAGCUGCAGGCAGUGGCCAGAAGCCGCUAACAAGAAAGCCUGACAGCAGCUCCAGCGAGGAGGAGAGCAGCUCCAGCGAGGAGGGGAAGACAAAGCUGGUGGCUGCCCCCAAGUCCAAGGGCACUGCCAAGGCAGCCUCCUCUCUGCCUGCCAAACAGCCUGCUCCGGGUGGUAAGGACAGCAGCUCUGACUCAGACAGCUCCAGCAGUGAGGAGGAGGAGGAGGACGAGAAGACAGCCAAGCCCCCAGCCAAGAAGCGUCCAAAGGUAGGGGGAGGCCCAGCCCCUUCUACACCGGCCUCCACAAGGAAGGCAAAGGCCAAGAGCAGCAGCAGCAGCUCCUCCUCAGACGAUUCUAGCGAGGAAGAAGAGGAGGAGAAGCCCAAGGGCAAGGGCAUGACAAGGUCGCAAGCCCCCAAGGCCAACGGCACCUCUGCGCCAGCUGCCCAGAACGGCAAAGCAGCCAGGGACUGCGAGCAGGAGGAGGAGGAGGAGCAGGUGGCGGCGGCGGCGGCCACUUCCAAGCCUGGUCUGUGAAAGAAGAGGAAGCAGAAGGAGGCUGCCAGGGAGGCAGAGACGCCUCACGUGAAGAAGGUCAAGCUCCAGACCCCCAACACAUUUCCAAAAAGGAAGAAAGGAGAAAAAAGGGCCUCAUCCCCUUUCCGGAGGGUCAGGGAGGAGGAAGUCGAGGUGGACUCCCGAGUGGCAGACAAUUCCUUUGAUGCCAAGCGCGGGGCGGCUGGAGACUGGGGAGAGCGAGCCAAUCAGGUUCUGAAGUUCACCAAAGGCAAGUCCUUCCGGCACGAGAAGACCAAGAAGAAACGGGGCAGCUACCGGGGAGGCUCCAUCUCCGUCCAGGUCAAUUCCAUCAAGUUUGACAGCGAGUGACCCAGCGCUGGCCGUGUGAAGCGGGAGGGCUCCGCGCCCGCCCACCCUCCCCGGUGGACCUGGAGCCCUGCGCUCCGGGGGGAGGGCCUUGGGGUGGCGGGCGCCCAGAGCAGGCCCUGAGGCUCCCCGGUGUGGCCCCCCUCUGGCCGCUGCUGUGUGGUUUGUUUCUGGGACUGAGUCGUGGGGACAAGGUAAGGGGAGUGUCAUUUUAAGAGAGCUCUUUUUCAUUGUCCCCUUCUUCCGGCUCCCGGGUGGCCUCGUACUGAGAAGUUUGUACAUUUGAUAUUAAAUCAUUUCCUAUUGGUUUUGUCGUGAUUUUCAGAGGUGGAUUCCCCAGGUAAAGUCCUAGCUGUGCCCAAGACAUAGUCAAGGGAUGCGUGUGUGAGCUUUUGUCGUUGGAGGAUUCUGCCUUCGUGGCGCACAAGUCCGCGUUUCCUCCGUCCUUGCAGAGCCAUGGAGAGGGCCGCUCGUGUGGUCAGUGAGUGCAGGUGUCUGCUGAGCGUGGCCGUCCUCGGUACACGGGGUCUGGGCCCGAAGCUCCUGGCCAGCAUGGACCUUGCUUGCUGGGAGAACUGUUCUGUCGCAGGCAGUGUCCUGGUGUGGCGUGAAUGCUGUGGGUCGGCCUGAGUGUGUUUCUUCUGUAAUUUUAUCAUUCUUACAUGAUGCUUGUAAUACAUGCUUUGUUUUUUAAUUUGAAAACUUUUCUACUGUUGAGUACUAAGUUGGGGACUGCAUCUUGUUUUCUACGUGAAAGAGAACAGUAACAUUAAUUUGACAGAUACAUAUCACUUAGUAGUUCUGUCUUGGUAACAGUGGAAUUGUUCUCAUUAAUUCCUACGUGGUUGGGAAUCUCUGAUCAAGACCAAAAAAAGCCUUACAAACCUCAGUCCUCGGCAGGAAGUGGGUUGCAUUUGGAGGAUUUAUGGGUCACUGAUAUGUGUGCCUAUGGAAAAGGAAAAACCUUUGGAAGCAUCCUAUCCAGUCUCCUUGAGCAGGCUUGGAAGGACCACCUUCCAGGCAGGGCCGUUGUGUCUCGUAGCUGGUGCAUGGGAGCAGCGGACACGCCCCUUCUGCCUCUACCGUUAGCCCGGGUGGAACCGUCCACAGCACACGCCGGUGACAUAUGGGGCUCCUGGCUGUGCUGGCCAACCAGGGCCGCGGGAGCUUCCCAGCGUCAGAGCCCAGCCAGACCAUGAUGGGAGGGAAGGUGGACAGGCUUCCUGGAGGCCACACUGUGCUGGGGGGCUCUCACGGGUGAGGGACGGGCCUUAAGCCGAGCCCCCCUUGUUGCCACGCUCCGAAAGUAGCCUGACAAGAACCUGGUCCUCCCUGUGACUGCCUCUAGGACAAAAGCACGCUGCCCGUGCCGACAGGAACUUGUCUGCAAGGUAGAAGCCCUACAUCUCACUAUAGAAUAAUAAACUGGCUGGCUUCUCA